AUGGUCCUUCAGGAUCUGGGACGGCGAAUCAACGCCGCAGUCAAUGAUUUGACUCGGUCUCCUAAUUUGGAUGAAAAGGCUUUUGAGGAAAUGCUGAAAGAGAUCUGUGCUGCCCUCCUCUCCGCCGAUGUCAACGUCCGUCUCGUCCAACAACUCCGGAAAUCCAUCAAGACCAGCGUCAACUUCUCGUCUCUCCCCGCAGCCGUGAACAAGAAGCGAGUGAUUCAGAAAGCCGUCUUCGAUGAACUCGUCGCCCUCGUCAACCCCCAUGCAGAACCCUUCAGACCCAAGAAAGGCCGGUCGAAUGUUAUCAUGUUUGUCGGUCUUCAAGGUGCCGGUAAAACGACGACAUGUACCAAGCUCGCCCGGCACUACCAGAUGCGUGGGUUCAAGACGGCCCUCGUCUGCGCGGACACCUUCCGUGCCGGUGCCUUUGACCAACUGAAGCAGAACGCUACAAAGGCCAAGAUCCCAUACUACGGAAGCCUGACACAGACUGACCCUGCCCUCGUAGCGGCGGAGGGUGUGGCUAAGUUCAAGAAGGAGCGAUUUGAGAUUAUCAUUGUUGAUACUAGUGGUCGACACAAGCAGGAGGAGCAACUAUUCACAGAGAUGACACAGAUUCAAACAGCAGUGACGCCCGACCAGACAAUCCUUGUUCUAGACAGCACCAUCGGUCAGUCAGCAGAGGCGCAAUCGUCAGCUUUCAAAGCUACCGCGGACUUUGGAGCCAUCAUUAUCACGAAGACCGACGGCCAUGCAGCAGGUGGAGGUGCUAUUUCCGCCGUCGCAGCAACUCACACUCCCAUUAUCUACCUCGGUACAGGGGAACAUCUCAUGGACCUUGAACGCUUCGAACCAAAGGCGUUCGUUCAGAAGCUUUUAGGAAUGGGUGAUAUGGCGGGACUUGUUGAGCACGUCCAAGCCGUAACCAAGGACUCCGCCGCCGCAAAGGAAACCUACAAACACAUUGCCGAAGGUAUCUACACACUUCGCGACUUCCGCGAGAACAUCACCUCAAUCAUGAAAAUGGGACCCCUGUCCAAGCUCUCUGGAAUGAUUCCCGGCCUCUCAAACCUCACCGCAGGACUAGACGAUGAAGACGGCUCCAUGAAACUCCGUCGCAUGAUCUACAUCUUUGACAGCAUGACCGCCGCUGAGCUCGACAGUGAUGGCAAGCUCUUCGUCGAGAAGCCCAGUCGCAUGGUUCGCGUCGCCUGCGGCAGCGGCACAACCGUCCGCGAAGUCGAGGACCUUCUCUCACAGCACCGCAUGAUGGCGGGCAUGGCUAAACGCGUCGGCGGGCAAAAGAAGCAGAUGCAGCGCGCCCAAAAUAUGCUCAAGGGCGGAAACAAGGAGCAGCAGCUGGCAGCUAUGCAGAAGCGCAUGGCGUCGAUGGGUGGUGCCGGUGGGAUGGGCGGUAUGCCCGGCAUGGGCGACAUGGCGAAGAUGAUGCAGAUGUUGCAGGGUCAGGGUGGCGGCGGUGGUGGUGGGCUGCCAGGCCUCGGAGGGAUGGAUCUACAGGCGAUGAUGAGCCAGAUGGGUGGGUUGAUGGGUGGGAUGGGAGGUGGUGGAAGAGGUCGGGGUCGGUGA